AUUCAACAAUUAACCUGUCCUUAAAACUCUGCUGAAACGGCGCAAAGAAGGAUAACCCUUUCUUAAUAGCCUUAAGUUCUAUCAAAAUAGGAGGACCUGGACCAGCAGCCUCUCGAAAGGAACCCAACACCGAACCAUCAUGAGCCCUUAGGAUGCCCCCAACACCACUCUUCCUCCAGUCUGCAGUCACUGCCGCAUCAACAUUCAACUUGAUAAAGCCCUUUGGAGGGUGAGACCAAGACACAUGAUGGUUGCGGUUUUUGCUUUGGCCGUAACAAAGCAGGGAUUAAAUUCAAACUUCUCGCAAGAGGCACAGAGGGAGCAUUCAGUCCAGAUAUUAGUUUCUUUCUCUUGCUUAGAAUAUUUCCGACGAAUACGUUUGCCGGAAUAUAUGGAUACAAUUCGAAGAGUUGUUGCAUGUGUUCAGGAAAACGAGUCUGCCUGCAUCUCUUUUGUGGAAUCAAUGCCCACCUACAUUGACUUGACCACUUGGCAAGACUUUUCGUCCAAACUGAAAAUGGAGUAUGAAUGGUCCAAGGAUGAGGUACAAACCGCUUGUGUUUUGUUUUAUGUCCGAGUUAUUCCGACUUGCAUUGAACUAGUGCCUACUCUCGUGUUUAGGAUAGUGGUCGCUCCAUCUAUGUUUCUAUACAUGGGACAUCCGAACGAAAAAGUAGCUCGAGCCUCACAUUCGAUGUUUGUAGCAUUCAUGUCUUAAGGAAAAGAACCUGAUGAAGAACGAGUGUCGCUGAAGGAGCAACUUGUUUUUUAUUAUAUGCAAAGAUCUCUAGAGGAAUAUCCUGGCAUUACUCCUUUUGAGGGCAUGGCUUCCGGAGUUGCAGCCUUGGUUCGACAUCUUCCCGCUGGUAGCCCGGCAACAUAUUAUUGCAUUCACUGUCUUGUUGAUAAAGCUAAUAAUAUCUUAGGUGAUUUGACCACUUUAAAGGACGAUGACUGGAAAAACUGGCAAGGAAGGCCGGAACCUUGUAAAAAAAUCCUCGAGCUGCUUUUGCGACUUACUUCCCUUGUCGAUAUACAGGUAUUACCAGCUCUAAUGAAGUCGUUGGCACAGCUUAUUAUCCAACUGCCAAAAACAGGUCAGAUCAUGGUUCUUAACGAGUUAUAUGCUCAAGUUGCUGAAUCAGAUGAUGUCACUCGCAAGCCGGCUUUAGUUUCAUGGUUGCAGUCAUUGUCUUACCUUAGUUCUCAAGCAAAAACCGAGGUUUUGACCUCCAGAGGGAGAAAAGAAAACUCGGCUUCUCCGGGGACUAUAGAACCGAAUGCACGGCUGUGAGACAUUCAGAUGCUGUUCUUUUGAUCAAUGGCAUGGCUAAUUCUCCGAUAGAUGGCCCGGAACAUGCAUAGGGUUGCUGAAUCCGAUGAUUCCAAGUCGUACCAUGGUAGUGAAAGCGAGUAGUGGGGAUCUGA